CCUCCCCCAGCUUCAUUUCAUCUGCACUCAAGUGUACAAUAAUGGAGAAAUACGUCCCAUUACUGUGUAUAAGGAUAAGUAUUUUUUGUUGCCAUUGAGACUGGAAAUGAGACAACAUCCAGUGUUGUGACGCAUGUGGCGCUUGGUAAAUUUGUCGUGGAGUUGCACAAACAUAUAUGUGCAAAUAGAAAUCUUCCACUGCCCCAUGGCCCUGGGUUUUUGACGCAGGCACCAGAAGGUGCGGCUGUGACGCGCCGGGAGCGCAACGGCCGCCCAUUGGUCGGAAACCGGGUCGAUCACUUUCUCACAAGCCUUUUACUUAAAACUCGCAGAGGAUCACGCCCACUGAGCGGGCUCCUCCCACCUCCCCUCCUCUACACCUCUUUAUAAACCAGGAGGCCAAACUCCUGAGCUACAUUUUGCUCUUGGCAGCUGAUGAGAGAAGAGCUGCUGUCGAACUCAUCAUGACGGUCAAAACAGAGACAGAGAAACCCGUGCUGACUUACUCAAAAAGCAGAGGCCUGGUGGCCUUAGUCACUGCUUUCAUGAAACAAAGGAGGAUGGGUCUGAACGACUUCAUUCAGAGGCUCGCCACCAACUCCUACGUCUGCAAGCAUCCUGAAGUUCAGUCGAUUCUCAACCUGAGUCCUCCACAAGAGGCCGAGCUCAUGAACGCCAACCCUUCUCCUCCCCCCAGUCCAUCCCAACAGAUCAACCUCGGCCCGUCGUCCAAUCCCUCAGCAAAACCCAGCGAUUUCCACUUCCUCAAAGUGAUCGGCAAGGGCAGCUUCGGGAAGGUGCUGCUUGCACGCCAUCGCACAGAUGACCAGUUUUAUGCUGUGAAAGUAUUACAGAAGAAGGCCAUUCUCAAGAAGAAAGAGGAGAAGCACAUCAUGUCAGAGAGGAAUGUGCUGCUGAAGAAUGUCAAGCAUCCAUUCUUAGUGGGCCUGCACUACUCCUUCCAAACGGCGGAUAAACUCUACUUCGUCCUGGACUAUAUCAACGGAGGCGAGUUGUUCUACCACCUGCAGCGAGAGCGCUGCUUCCUGGAGCCCAGGGCCAGGUUCUACGCCGCUGAGAUCGCCAGCGCCCUGGGGUACCUGCACUCCCUGAACAUUGUCUACAGAGACCUGAAGCCAGAGAACAUCCUGCUGGACUCCCAGGGACACAUCAUUCUCACAGAUUUCGGUCUGUGCAAGGAGAACAUCGAACCUAAUGGAACCACGUCGACUUUCUGCGGCACACCUGAGUACUUGGCUCCCGAGGUGCUACACAAGCAGCCGUACGACCGGACGGUAGACUGGUGGUGUUUAGGAGCUGUUCUCUACGAGAUGCUGUACGGCCUGCCUCCGUUCUACAGCCGCAACACGGCAGAGAUGUACGACAACAUCCUGAACAAGCCGCUGCAGCUGAAGCCCAACAUCUCCAACGCGGCCAGACACCUGCUGGAAGGCCUGCUGCAGAAAGACCGCACCAAGAGGCUGGGCUGCACAGAGGACUUUAAUGAAAUUAAGAACCACAUAUUCUUCUCCCCCAUCAACUGGGAUGACCUCAAUGCCAAGAAAAUCACGCCUCCCUUCAACCCCAAUGUGACGGGACCCAACGACUUGCGGCACUUUGAUCCAGAGUUCACGGAUGAGCCGGUUCCCGGCUCCAUUGGCUGCUCCCCAGACAGCACCCUCUUCACCGCCAGCAUCAAAGAGGCAGCUGAGGCCUUCGUGGGCUUCUCCUACGCCCCGUCUAUGGACUCCUACCUAUAGGAUCUAACUACAGGCACUUAAUGUGGAAAAAACCAGUUCAGACCUACUGGACACGAGAUGUGCCAUGUCCACGGACUUGCAUCGUGACCCCCCCCACCCAGCGAGAGCUCUUCACCCACAUGUGUACUUGCCAUGUUUUCUCCGUCUCUUGAAUGCAGUUUAAAUACUCGCUACAAAGGGAUGUCCGGCGUAAAUAACGACUAGUUCCAGCUUGACACACCAACAUAGAACCCUUUUUCAAGCGGAGGUCUUUUUGCACAUAGCUCAGGCAGCUUACUAGCUCCCCUCAAUCCUGAAGACACAACUGACAAGCACACACAAAACUUCCAGCGUUUAUCAGAAGAAGACGGCUAGGCCGUACUUUUCCAGCCCCGGAAAGAUUUCCAUGCUCAUCCAUGUAGCAAAAGGUAUAAUCCCACCCGGGGGCCCCAUCUGUCGGGUCUGGAGAAGUAGCUCGGAGAUGGCAUUCAUUUUGGUGCUUUAGUUUCUUCUCAUUUUCUUUCUUUGUAUCAAAAGGGAGCGACUAGAAGAUGAAUGUUACAGAGGGGGAGGGGCAUUUUAUUUCUCUCAAAGGUGUCUUGAAUUUUCUUUUUUUUUUCCUCUCCAUCAGAACUCACAUCAUUUGUUUUUCCGCCUGUGUCAAACAUUAAUAUUCCAGUUACAUCCACUUGACUCCAGGUGGAAGGAGAUGUCUUAUUCUAUUUUAUUUAAAUGGACUUUUCAGAGUGGAAGGAUGUAGCACUAGACGAGUACACCUGUUCCGUCGCGAACAUGUGAGACAUAGGGACUCAAAUGAUGUUUCAAGCCUUCAUUUGCACAUUAACGCUGAUAGGGAGAUGGAAAAAGGAGCACUGCUGCUAGGUGAGGAUGAGAGGGGUGUUUUUUUGAGAGGUGUUUUCUGUAGUUUUGCUUGAAAAGUGCAUCCCCCUCACGUAGGCUUCCAUCCGCCUCUCACCGACGUAACGGCGGCCUGCAGACGGGCCGCCAGCAUCGAAACGAACAUUCCACUUUAAUAUUGCUGUAAGUUUGCAGUUUGACGGUAUUUAAGUUUGUUUGUAUAUUUGGAGUUAUGUGUACUAGUUUUAAUGUAUAUUGAACAGAACAAAACAUCAACAACAAAAGACUAAAGACUAAGUAUGUAUAUGUAAUAAUCCAUGUUAAAUGUACUGUAAAUUGUAAAAUUGUUUAUGUGACCAUGUUUGGUUUGCAAUAAAAGAAAAAUUAACUUUA